CACCGGUUGACACUCUUUCUAGCCGGGAGGAGGCUGGGAUUGGGGCAAGGAAUAGAAGCUACUGAAGGAUCAUUCCAGCUUGCAUAUGGUGGACAAUCUGGAAAGAAAGGAACUCCAGAUGUGUUGAGGAUAGAAGUAGCACUCUACAGAAGAUCAAGCAAGACUGAUGAUGGCACUCCUGUCUCAAUAUUUGCGCUUACGGGGAGUAAUGCAAACGAUGGACAUUUAGCUGCUGGUCGAAAUGGUGUCAAGCGACUUCGCACUGUUAGACAUCCAAACAUUUUGUCAUUUCUUUACAGCACCGAAGCAGAAACUUUUGAUGGUUCUACUACUAAGGUUACCAUCUAUAUUGUUACUGAACCUGUCAUGCCACUCUCGGAGAAGCUCAAGGAAUUAGGAUUAAAAGGUACCCAGAGAGAUGAAUAUUACGCAUGGGGAUUGCAUCGAAUAGCCAAAGCUGUGAGCUUCUUGAAUAAUGACUGUAAACUUGUUCAUGGCAAUGUUUGCCUGGCUAGUGUUGUCAUUACUCAAACUCUAGACUGGAAGUUGCAUGCCUUUGAUGUUCUUUCUGAGUUUGAUGGGAAUAUUGAGUCUUCUGUCGGACCAAUGCUGCAAUGUGAUUGGCUUAUUGGUGCACAGUACAAACCCACGGAGCUGCUCAAAUCUGACUGGACGUCAAUCAGAAAAUCUCCACCUUGGGCCAUAGAUUCUUGGGGUUUGGGCUGUCUUAUCUACGAACUCUUUUCUUGUACAAAAUUGAGCAAAACAGAGGAGGUGCGCAAUACUGCUUCCAUUCCAAAGUCUCUACUUCCAGAUUAUCAACGUCUCAUAAGUGCUACACCUGCUCGCAGAUUGAAUUCAUCAAAACUUCUGGAGAAUGGUGAAUAUUUCCAAAAUAAGUUAUUGGAGACCAUACAGUUCAUGGAAAUUCUUAAUCUCAAAGACAGUGUUGAAAAGGACACUUUCUUCCGUAAGCUUCCAAAUCUAGCGGAGCAACUUCCUCGUGAAAUUGUGCUAAAGAAGAUGCUUCCUUUGCUAGCUUCUGCAUUAGAAUUUGGUUCAGCUGCUGCACCUGCUUUAACGGCGUUGUUAAAAAUGGGUUCUUGGCUUUCAAAUGAAGAGUUUAGUGUCAAGGUGCUGCCAACCAUUGUAAAACUCUUUGCCUCCAAUGAUCGCGCUAUCCGAGUCAGUCUACUGCAGCACAUUGAUCAGUACGGGGAGUCGUUAUCUUCACAGAUUGUCGAUGAGCAGGUGUAUGCUCAUGUGGCUACUGGGUUCUCUGACACAUCUGCAUUUCUUCGGGAGUUGACGCUUAGAUCCAUGCUUGUAUUAGCUCCUAAGCUGUCACAUCGCACUAUAUCUGGGUCUCUGUUGAAUUAUCUCUCCAAGCUACAGGUUGAUGAAGAAUCAGCAAUUAGAACGAACACUACCAUGUUGCUUGGAAACAUUGCCAGUUACCUCAAUGAGGGGACAAGGAAAAGAGUUCUAAUAAAUGCGUUCACUGUUCGUGCCUUGCAUGAUACAUAUCCACUUGCUAGAGGAGCAGGUAGUUGCACGCUGAGUGCUACCAGUUCUUAUUAUGACAUGACUGAGAUUGCAACUAGAAUUUUACCUAAUAUUGUCGUACUUACCAUUGAUCCAGACAGCGAUGUUCGGUCAGAAGCAUUCCAAGUGGUUGACCAAUUUUUGCAAAUAGUCAAGGAGCACCAUGAUAAGACAAGCACCAGAGAUACCAGCAAUACAAGCAUGGGAAGUUCAUCAGUUCCUGGAAAUGUGGGUCUGCUUGGUUGGGCUAUGAGCUCCCUGACUCUUAAAGGAGGCAAAUCCUCUGAACCGAGUUCCCAUACUCCAGUUAUUUCUAGUGUGCUUCUUGCUUCUGCAGUCUCCGGUGCUAGCUCAAUUGCAGAUAGUUCGAGUAUAACACCGGUCCAUAUGAGUUCUGGAGGAGCAGAUGUUGCAGAUCAUCCAGUACCAGUAUCCCCAACGUCAACUGAUGGCUGGGGAGAACUUGAAAAUGGAAUUCAUGAGGGUCAUGACAGUGACAAAGAUGGUUGGGAUGACAUAGAAGAGCCAAAACGAUCUCCUUCUCUGGCAAAUAUUCAAGCCGCUCAAAGACGUCCUGUCUCUCAACCAAAACCACAAGGUACAGUAUUGCGGGGUAAAACCACUCCUAAGAUGAGUAAAGAUGAUGAUGAAGAUUUGUGGGGCUUUGUAGCUGUUCCUGCUCCAAGAGCAACUUCUCAGCCAUCAAGCUCGAGAGCAAACAGAAAGGUUGAUGAUGACGACCCUUCAGCCCCAGCUCCUUCGGCAAAACCUUUGAAUGUGAAAAGAAGGCCCUGGGCUGCUAUUGCAGCUCCUGUGCCAAGUACCACAUCGAGACCUUCAAUUGGGCGAGGCCGAGGAACCAAACCCGCGGCUCCUAGACUGGGUGCGCAAAGAGUUAACCGGACAUCAUCUGGAAUGUAAGUUACAAAAGAAAAACUAGGCUCAGCAGCAAAUCUGAGGUAAUCAUGUACAUUUUUUUUUUGCACCCCCAGGCGGCUACAGUUCCAACUAAAAUAUAUAAUUGAAAGUUCUAUAGAUGUGUUGUAUUAUUAGAUUCCUCAAGGACAACGGGAUGUGUAGCACUAAUUGCUUCCCCUAGUCAAAGCACUCAAAAUUUCACCCUGUAAGAAAAGUAAUCAAUUCUUUGUAGAUGAUAGAUCCCAUUGCUUUUCAGCAUAAAUGUAGAGAGUGGUGGCUUUCUCUUGCCGCUGGCGGCUAAAUCUAUGUCUCGCUUGUUCGUCA